GGAAACUUCAAGUUCCGACACUUUUCUUCCACACUUUCUCUCUCUAAAACUAAAACCCCAUUCUUCUCUCUCUCUCUCUCUCUAAAAUCUAUAUCUAUAUGUAUAUAUACAUACAGAAACAGAGCAAUACACGCAGCUAAUUUCGCACACACUCUCGCCGGAUAAACCGAUUCUUAUCUCCGGUGAUCUUUCGGAGUUGUACUUCAGCUGCUGAUAUUUUGAAUUUCACUUUACUGAUUCGCGUACGAAUCUCAAAUAUCAGUUUGGCAUGAGAAUAUAUAGAAACAAUAUUUGUCUAUGAGGGAAUCCAAAGCAUGGAGGAAUAUAUUGAGGAAAAGACAAAACCAUUGUGAUUGGGGACUUUGCGGAUACACAAUGAAACCGCUAUUGGGAUUUGUUUGUACAUUAAUGUUAUUCAUUGUAUAUAGGACAACGAAUUACCAGUAUUUGCAGACAGAGCUGGACUCGAAAUUAUAUCGGUUCUACACAUCAAAGGAAUCUUUGCCAGAUUCCACAAACUUAAAGGGUUUACCUCGUGGUAUUAUUGAAGCUAGAUCUGAUUUGGAGUUAAAACCGUUAUGGUCAACAAGUAGUUCAAAGUUAGAGGCUAAUAUUUCCGCCCCACAUAACUUGUUGGCAAUGCCAGUGGGUCUGAAACAGAAGCGAAAUGUUAAUGCUAUUGUUCAAAAGUUUCUUCGAGAAAAUUUUACGAUUAUUUUGUUCCAUUACGAUGGGAAAUUGGAUAGCUGGCAAGAUCUUGAGUGGAGCAACAAAGCUAUACAUGUUGUAGCUCAGAACCAAACAAAGUGGUGGUUUGCAAAGCGGUUUCUGCAUCCAGCUGCCGUGUCCAUUUAUGAUUAUAUAUUUCUCUGGGAUGAAGACCUCGGAGUGCAGCAUUUUAAUCCUAAGAGGUACUUGGAUAUUGUUAAAACAGAGGGAUUAGAGAUAUCGCAGCCCGCUUUAGAUCCAAAUUCAACCGGUAUACAUCAUAGAAUCACAGUACGCAAGAGAACAAGCAAGUUCCACAGAAGAGUGUAUGACAGCAGAGGCAGUGUGAAAUGUUCGGAUGCCAGUGACGGCCCCCCAUGUGCCGGAUUUGUAGAAGGAAUGGCUCCGGUUUUCUCUAGGGCUGCAUGGCAUUGUGCCUGGCAUCUUAUUCAGAAUGACCUUGUUCACGGAUGGGGAAUGGAUAUAAAACUUGGGUAUUGUGCACAGGGGGACCGGUCCCAGAAGGUGGGAAUCGUUGACAGCGAAUAUGUUGUUCAUCAGGGCAUACAAUCGUUAGGUGGACCCUCUGCUAAAAAGACCCGGAACAAUUUAGAUAUGACUAAGAAACACACAGUUGAUACGCGGGCCGAGAUAAGGAGGCAGUCAACGAUGGAGCUCAAAAUGUUCAAACAACGAUGGGAAAAAGCCGUGAAGGAGGACACAAACUGGGUUGACCCGUUCUUGAGAAGAAGACGGAUACGCAAGCCAAGACUGAUCGCAAGUCUUGACUCGUGAGUUUUUGACCGCACAAAUUUUAAUUUAUUUUGCUUAGCUUAGGAUAUAGUGACCGUUUAUAAAGUUGGCUUGUAAUUUAGUUUUGUCUAGAGGCCCAUUUGACCUCAUGUAUAUUUAAUUUGUUUAAACCUCCAUGUUUUUCGCUUUUCUUGGUUUAUUUUGCUUAGCCUA